GUUUCUUUAUUUUGCUUUUGGCAAUGAAAGAAAGAGGAAAAAGAACAGCAACGGAACGACGAAACGACGACGUUUCGUUAUAUUACAGUACUCCGUCGGAAUUCUCUUGCCGGAAACAUCCAUCUGUUUCUUCCGGCGUUGGAAUUUGUCCGUACUGUCUCAACGACAGAUUAAUCAACCUCGUCUGCUCCGAAUGCGGCGAGCAGCGGCUCUCUUCUUGCUCGUGCUCCGACAUCUCUCCUAAUCGAACCUCCAACGCCGCCGUAGACGCCGCCGCCGUAGACGCCGCCGCCGGAGAAAACGUUGUUCGGAUCUCUUCUCUCAUCGAUGAAGAGACUACGAAACAGAGGAAAGAGACGAAACAGAGGAAAACAGAGGAAGUGGUGGUGUUCAAGAGAAGUAGUAGCAGUUGUGUUGAGAUUAAUAAGAGAACGAAGAAUCAUAGAUUCUCGAGAAUCGGUAGGUUUUUCCGGAAGAUUAAUCUUAAAAAGGAGAGAGAUUUUGAGAAGAACAAUAAUAACGAUUCAUGGGUUUUGGAUUAUAACAAUGAUGUGAAGAAGCUUGGAGUUUCGAGAUCGAGAUCGCUUUGUAGUUUUCGAGCUAAAGAUUUGUAUUGUCUCGGAUCGGAAGAAGAUGGUUCGUCGUAUUCCGGUGCUUUCUCCGCCGCGAGAAGCUCAAGUGUUAAUGGCGGAUUAGGGUUAUGCGAAACAGAGUAUCCUCGGAAGAGUAAUUUCGAAGGAAGGAAGAGUAACUUCAGCGAGACGACGGAGCAUCGGAAGAGUAAUUUCGAAGGAGGGAGGAAGAGUAAUUUCAGCGAGACGACGACGGAGAAUCGGAAAAGUAAUUUCAGUGAAUCGGAGCCGCCGCGAAGAAGCGGUUUCGAGGCGAGGAAGAGUAAUUUCAGUGAAACAGAGUAUCCUACACGGAGGAGUAAUUUUAGUGAAACAGAGUAUAAUAGUCGGAGAGGAAACAACCCGGCGACGGCGGAGAAUCAUCCACGGAGGAGUAGUAAUUAUGAGGCAGCGAGGAAAAGUGAUUCGGCGGCGAUGAACUUUACGAGAAGGGUAAUGUCAAUGAAAGAGAGUAGUUACUUCACCGGAGGAGAAGAGCCUGGUUUCAUUGAUCUUAAGUUUGAUUCUUCUGGCGGAGGAGGAGAUGUAAACGACGGCGUUUUGGAACAUGGAGGAGGAGGAGGAUCUUGUCGGAAAGAUGGAGGAGAGUUGCAUUCCAUGGAAGAUCUUAACACAUUUGCAGCUGAUUGCGUCGUUGUAUCGUGUUGUUGCAACUGUCUUGUGCUCCAGAUCGCGAUCUUCAUCUUCCUUGGACUUCCUCAAAAGCUUGUCAAGAACACAAGAAAGUGUUACACAAAAUGGGGGAUAAAUCGAAGAAUAAAAAGAAUGGGGUUUUGUUGUGAAUGUCGAGAAAAUACCGAGGUUGAUUUGGAAUGGAGAAAAGAGUCUAUGAUGAGUAUGGAGAUGGAAGGUUUUGGGUGUAUUGAAGAAGUUGAACAAGCUAUAGAGGAGUUUUCAAAGAAUGACAUCUUCGCUCGCUUCGACAUGGACAACGACGGAAGCUUAACACAGCUCGAACUCGCCGCUCUCCUCCGUUCUCUCGGAAUCAAACCUCGCGGCGAUCAAAUCUCUCUUCUUCUCAAUCAAAUCGACCGUAACGGUAACGGAUCCAUCGAGUUCGACGAGCUCGUUGUCGCGAUAUUGCCGGAUAUUAACGAAGAGGUUUUGAUUAAUCAAGAACAGUUAAUGGAGGUUUUCCGUUCGUUUGAUCGUGACGGUAACGGUUCAAUCACGGCGGCGGAACUUGCUGGGUCAAUGGCUAAAAUGGGACAUCCGUUGACUUACCGUGAAUUAACGGAAAUGAUGAGGGAAGCUGAUUCUAACGGUGACGGUGUUAUUAGUUUUAAUGAGUUUUCUCAUAUUAUGGCUAAAUCUGCUGCUGAUUUUCUUGGAUUAACCGCUUCUUGAUUAAUUCUCUGUUUUGUUUUAUAAUUAAUCUUUUUUUUCUUCCUGCCAUUGCAACUUGUGCAAUUAACAAUGUGCUAAUCUUUCAUUAAUCUGUUUAUGAUUCCUUGGUGUGACGUAAAACAAUUUACUUGGUAAUACUUAAAUAAUUUAAAAUGUCAUAU